AUGGGCAGGUCCUUCCUUCACAUAGAUUUUUUGCACUUGAAGGAGCAAUUGGCUCAGUCUCAGGAGGAGAUCGCAGAUGGACUGUCUUCGAUCAGCGAUAUCAUACAACAAGUGGAUGGUUUGACUCCCCUAGAGGGUCAGUUGGCACUUUCGCAGGCGGAGAACGCCAACCUACGUCGUCAGCUUGCGGAACACCUCGAGAUACACGACCAGUUGCAGGUGGUGGAGCAUGAUCGGGAUCAGGCUAUAGCUGAACACCGUGCUCUCCUCGACACACUGAACAGUGCUAUACUCGGAUCCCGGUCGUCUGCGUUGACCGCUCGAUCGACGCCUAAGAGUGCUACUCCGGCCGGAUCGCCCCCUGCUCCCACUACCCCGGGAUCGAGAUCGCUUGCCCGUAGGUCCCGAUCGAGAUCGUCCGGCCCGCCUGCCAAGCGUCGGCGUAUUCAACCAAGGUCACGAUCCAGUGAUUCUUCCAUCGCCCGUGUGGCUUCCCGGCUAUUGUCGUUUAACCCUUCAAUGCCUUUAAACAAACUUCCCGGAUUGGCCCCACCCGAGCCUCCACCCAAUUCUUCUUGUUCUCCGCUUUCGUCCACGGCUUCUGGGACUGGAUCGGGAAGCGAGGAGCUGACCGAGUCGGAUUCUAGCUCGGAUGAUUUGACUCGUGCUGCAUUAUCCCAAUCGAGAUCGGCCGCUCGUCGUCAACCUAGAUCGGAUGCCCGAUCUUCGACCCCGAAUUCCUCUCCGGCCGCUCGGGUUGUUCCCGCUUCUCCCGCAGCUACUGCGUUGGCUCAAGCACUGUUGCGUUCGCCUUCUCCAGACGUUCCGGAGCCUCGUUAUCUUUCGUACCCAUCCACUCCGGUCGCGGCUGUCCCCGUAGUCGAAAUUCAAGAUGAUGGCGGCGUAGAAGACGUGGAGGUAUCGCCGACAGGGGAGACACACAGCGAGACUGGCUCUCUUAGUCCGCCCCCUGGGUCCCCUGCGCUCCGGAUCGCCAUUCGUCCGAUAGCGAAAACAGCAUCACCCUUCCGGCACGCCAAGUGGCUAACAGAGUUUUCUCUUCCGUUGACUUCGACAAUCUUCCGCCACUCCAGCAACCACGGGAUCAGUGGAUUCCCAACUAUCUGGCGUCCUCCCGACGGGUAG